UUCAGUGCUGUGAUGUCACGGAGUAUUCUGGCUUUCUGCCUCUUGGCUUGUAUUGACUCUGGAAUAAGCGGAUAUCCAGUCAAGCCUGCCAGUCCCCGGGAAGACGCAUCACUUGAAGAGUUCGCCAAAUACUAUUCUGCCCUAAGACACUACAUCAAUCUCAUUACAAGACAGAGGUAUGGGAAAAGAGAAAUUCCAGAUUCUCUAUUUUCUGAUGUGCUUAUGAGGGAGAGCACAGAGACUAUUCCAGGAUCAAACUACAUCAGGUAAAUUAUGUCAAAAGGCUUUUUUACACAUACUGUAAUGCUUUUACUUAUGUAUUUAUUUGACUAAUUAUUGUUGUCUAUGUCAGAUUUAUGAAAUAUAACAUAUGAUAUUGCGUGAUAGAAAAUGUGUGAUGAAAUAUCAGAAAAGUACAAACUUCCAUACAAUGUAUAGUGGAAUAACAUUCAAUAGCCAUUAAAUAAAUAGAUUAUUGUGAAGCUUCAGUUUAUGUUCACACUUUCAUGUCAGAAAUGCUAUUGUAAUAAAAGUGUUAAAAUGAAAGCUUCGUGGUGUUUUGGGAUUGGAAUAUUAUUACUGUUUUAAUAGACUGUGUUUAUUUGAAUGUGGAUAGAGAGAGGGAACUUGAAAUCAUACUAAAUGCUUAACUUCCUUGUCUUGUAGGUAUGAUGAGCUGCCACUGUGGUGACGCUGUCAUAUUAAGGAUAACUCUGCCACAAAGCUGCUGCAAUACCUUUAAUUUGCAUUAAAAUAACUUGUGCUGCAUGGAAUAAACAUUGUGUCAUGAAACUACUUUGGUCUAUAAUGUUGCCUGUGCUACAUUAAAACAUGUUAUUGA